UCUUAAUUUUUCCAACUUAUACUUUUCUUUUUAUGACAUGGACUGAAUAUUAAAACUUGGAGUUCCAUCUUAAAAUAUCAACCUUAUUUAGAGAAGUCUUUCAAGCCCUCAUGUUGGUCUAUAUUUCAGCAUUUAAUUAAUGCAAGAUUUAUCCUUUAACAUGCCAACGCAAGAUGGUGACUCAUUUAAACAGAUCAAUCUUGACAAUCAUGUUCUUGUUUUGAGUCUUAAUCGGAUUGAAUUGCUUGUUAGAGUUUAAUGUGCUCUUAUACUAUAUUAAAACUUGGGUUCCUAUUGAGAAUUAUAAACCAUAAUUCAAUUUCUCCAAGAGCAAUUAUUUCGAAAAAAGAAAAAAUAAACACUCAAGAACACGUAGACUACAUCCUCUCUCGCCACUACACUAAUUACUAUAAUGAAAAAUUGUUUACAAGGUCUUCUCUAACCUCAAUAGUUUCGACGUCUUAAAAGGUCUAACCUUAUUAAGAAGAAUAGUCUAAACCUUUAUAUAUUGGUAUAUAUUUCGGUAUUUAAACGAUGUGGAAUUUAUUCCUUAACACACAAAAUACAAUCCAGCGUUCAUUUGACUUGUAGGAAAACUAGCUAAAAUUUUGGAUCAAGCUUCAAUUUCUUCCUCCAUGAUAUGUGGGCAAAAGUAGAGACCUGCACUAGGCACUAAAAGCAGAUUCAACACUAUAUUGUAUAAAACACAGAAGUUUAUGUUAUAGUUGUUUAUGUAUGUAUGUGAUAUGUAAUGAAAGGGAAUUAGACUCUCAUUGUCCAGCUUAUCCAGCUUUAUUUCGUUGCUAGUGUAUAAACUUGAUUAGGAUCUGUGAUGGAUUUGGGAUUCUAGGAUUUUGUCCAGUAGUAUAUUUUGGUAAUGUAUAAUACUUAACAUAUUCAUAUAGUUGGUAUUGUAAAUGUGUAAUAUAUGCAAGUGAAGAAGGAUACUAAAUCGGUUAAUUCAUAAGAAUUAACAACAUACACUCUUUUCAUUAUGUUGUGAUAACAUGCAUUUAUAUGCUAUAACUCAGGACCACAAACAGGCAAGCUGAUUCAAAUUUAACCGUAAGAAAUAAUUUUUGUGGGAUAUUAGUGCUCAAACAUUGGUAACAUAUAAAUAUCGAAAUAUUAUGAGACACAAAACUUACCAAUCUUCCCUGUGUCUUCUGUAAUUUUUCUCUUCCUUCUCCUUCUUCAUGAUCUUCAGGCACGAGUCAAAAGGCAUCAGAAAAAUUGCUCUAGAUAUUUUGAACAAUUUGAGCCAUACGGUCUCUCGAGUUAAAGAAAGCCUGAUUGGAGUAGAGUCGCAUGUUGAGCAGGUGAUGUCCCUGUUGAAUCUCGAGUCUACUAAAGAUGUUCGCAUGAUAGGUAUAUGGGGUAUGGGGGGCAUUGGAAAAACAACUAUCGCCAGGGCUGUUUUCGAUCAAAUAUUUAGCACAUUUGAAGGCAGUAGCUAUCUUGACAAUGUAAGAGAAGUUUCCAAAACUUUAGGACUGAAUUCCUUAGAAGAAAAAUUACUCUCCGACACUCUGAUGGAAAAAAGCUCAAAUCUCCACAGUAACACUUCUAUGCUAUUGACAAGGUUACGUCACAAAAGGGUACUCGUUGUUCUUGAUGAUGUCAAUGAACUCGAGCAUUUAGACCGAUUAGCUGGAGGGCAUGAUUGGUUUGGUGCCGGAAGUAGAAUCAUCAUAACAACAAGAGACAGGCAGUUACUUUCUGCACGUGAAGUUGAUGAAGUAUAUGAGGUCAGUGUCUUGGGAACUGAUGUAGCAUUGAAGCUGUUUAGCAAAUUUGCCUUUAAGGAAGGUUUUCCCAAAGAAAAAUUUGAAAAGCUUGCACGUGCGGCAGUUAGAUAUGCUCGAGGUCUUCCUUUAGCUCUUAAGGUGUUGGGCUCUUUUUUACAUGGUCGAGGUAUUGAUGAAUGGGAAAAUGCAUUGGACAGAUUGGAAGAAAUUCCGGAAGAUGGUAUCUUGGAGAAACUUAAAGUGAGUUUUGAUGCACUAAAUGACAUGGAGAAGAAGAUAUUCCUAGAUAUUGCUUGUUUCUUUAAGGGGAAGAAGAAAGAAUAUGUGAUGAGAAAACUUGACAGCUUCGGUCUACGAGCUAAGAUUGGAGUAAGUGAUCUGAUUCAAAAAUCUCUUUUAAUUGUAACCACUGAUAACAGGCUUCAAAUGCACGACUUAUUACAAGAGAUGGGUUGGUACAUUGUGCGCCGUCCACAUCCUAACGAGCCUGGGAAACACAGUAGGUUGUGGUUACCUAAGGAUAUUUGUGAUGUACUAACAAAAAAUGCGGGCACAGAAGAAAUUGAGGGCAUAUAUCUGGACUUUGCAGAAUUAGAGAGCUUUAAAAUUAGCCCGAAAGCCUUUGAAAAUAUGAAAAAUCUGAGGCUACUCAAAAUCUACAAUGCAGACAUUAAGCAAAUGCAAGCUUCUCUACCAAGUGACUUGCAUUGGCUUGAUUUGCAUAAGUAUCAAACGCGGACUUUGCCUCAGAAUUUUCAAGGAGAAAAGCUCGUUGGACUGAAACUGUCCCAUAGCCACAUUGAACACCUUGGAGGACUAGAAAAGGCACAAUUGAAUAAAUUGAAGUUCAUCAAUCUCAGUUACUCUAAAAAAUUAGUGAAAACUCCAGAUUUCAGCAAAAUUCCAAAUCUUGAAAGAUUAAAUCUCAGUAAUUGCAAGAGCUUGGAAGAGAUUCACCCAUCUCUUGGGAAUCUUAAAAAGCUUGUAUACUUAAAUUUGGCACACUGCAUUAAACUAAAGACCCUACCACCUUCUAUCCAUUUAGAACUUCUGAAAACACUUGUUCUUUGGGAAUGUGUGAAACUAGAAAAAUUUCCAGAAGUGACUGGGGAAAUGGAAUGCUUGUCGGAGCUUCAUUUGGAGGGGACUGCAAUAAAAGAACUACACCAUUCAAUCAUCAAAAUUACAGGACUCGUUUUGAUAAAUCUCGGCAAGUGCAAGAACCUAAAAAGUCUUCCAGAUAGCAUUUGUGAGUUGAAAUGCUUGCAUACUCUCAAUCUCUCUGAUUGCUCAAAGCUUGAAAAAUUGCCAGAAAACCUUGGACAAAUUCAAUCCUUGGAAGAACUACUGGUCGAUGGAACUGCUAUUGCCCAACCACCGCAGUCCAUUGCAUGUUUGACGAACCUGAAUGUCCUAUCAUUCAGUCGAUGCAAGCGGCCAAAAUCUCGGAGUUCUCUUUUUCCGGCUGAUUUGGGGUCCUCGGUCUCUUUAUCUGGUGUGUUACCUUUGCAGAAACUACGACUCACUGGCAGCGACCAGACAAAAGAUACUUUGCCUGCACCUAGACCAUCUUUAUCAGGUUUAUGUUCCUUAAAAAAAUUGUAUCUCAGUUCCUGCGAUCUACUUGAGGAACUGUCAGCUGAUCUUUGCAGCUUGUCCUCUUUGGAAGAGUUGGAUCUGAGCGGAAAUAAUUUCGUAGAGUUUCGUGCAAGAAUUUCUGAACUUCCUCGACUCAAAAUCCUAAAGCUAGAAAGUUGCACAAGACUUGAAUCACUGCCGGAUCUUCCAGAAAGUAUAGCUGUACUAUAUGCAGAUGAGUGCCAUUUAUUACAAAGCUUGGCUGAUCUCUCUAAGAAGCAUGCCUUCUUGUGGAAGGUCUCAUUUCUCAAUUGCUUCAAACUGGUUGAAAACGAGGAGAACCAUAAUGCUGCUGAUAAGUUGCUUCACUCUCUACUUGAGGGACAACCUAUUGUCAAUGGUCGAUUUAGUAUACUCAUUCCUGGAAGUGUGGUUCCAGAGUGGUUCAGUUACCAAAAGAUGGGAUGUUCAGUAACUAUCCCUCUAACUCCAGAUUGGCAUGAGAAAGUCAUUGGGAUUGCAGUUUCUAUCGUUUUUGAGCGUCUGGUGUCAAAAUCAAAAAUAGGGGUCACAUUCAAAUUUAUAAGCCGGGAUCAUGAAGAGUUCACUGCUAAUAUCACCCCAGCUGCCGCUAAGUUGGAAGAGAACUAUGAAUCUGCUCAUGUGUGGAUAGGCUACAUAUCAUUCCAUCUUUUCCAGCUUCUAUUUCCAAAAUUUCAGUCAGAUGAUUGGGCUAAAAUAGAGGGAUGUCUGACAAUUAGUGCAAUGGAUGCAGCGUGGAUUAAGCCAAAAGGAUGUGGGAUUCGCUUGGUGUACAAAGAAGACGUGAAGGAGGCAUUGGAGCAGUACAUGAACGCUCAGCCUGGCGUCGACCAAGAAUUGAACAAAUCAAAAGAGGCAGAAGAGAGUAUUUCUAUACUGACUUUUGGUGUCAAUCAAUUGAACUGGAUUGUAGAACCUGUCGAGGAAGAGGGCACACAAAUUCAAAGUUUGAGAUCUUCCACUACCUUCAAGGUACAGAAGACCCUAUCAUUUGAUUACUAGUUACCUGAAGGUGGCUCUUUCAAAGUGUGGCAUAAUUGUUUGCAUUAAGUUUGUUGUUUUCAUCGCACUUUAGGGGCUGCAGAAUGUACCCUUGCACUGUGGAAUCUGCUGGUAGUUGUCCUCUUCUUUGUCUAUGUUUGUUUGUCCAUUUUUCUCCCAACAAAGAAUAAACUUAGUUUUUCUGUUGUCUUCACUGAUGCUGUAUUGUGUGUGAUGUCUCUUAGUAUUGUAAGACCAAGAUCCUUUUGUUUGUCACAAGCAUAAACAUAGUUUUUCUGUUGUCUUCAUUGAUGAUGUACUAAGUGUUGUGUCUCUUAGCAUUGCAAGACCAAAAUCCUUUUAGGAUAUUCGGUCUCUCUUUCUAUGUUAUUAUAUUUAUCCUUUUGUAUAAUAAAUGUUAUUAUGGUGA